AUGCAAGACACUGAUGCCAGGGGGAGCUCCCCUGCUUUCCUCCGGCCUCAGAACGGGAGCAGUCACAGGUCUUCGGGGUACGUCCCAGGGAGAAUUGCCCCUCUCCGUCCCCCACCGCCUUCGCAGAGCCAUGCUGCAGCCGAAUUUACCUCUGCAAGACAAGAAGCCCGGACAAGACUCCCGUCCUUACUAGUGGAUCAGCAUCGCCACCAGGCAGAAGCCAACAGGCAUAAAAAUACUCUCAUUUGCUUUGCUAUUUCUAGCCUUUCACUUUUUGUUGCACUGGGGAUUUUUUUGGCAAUAGCUUCAAAAUAUGCUCCAGAUGAGAAUUGUCCUGAUCAGAAUCCUCGUCUUAAAAACUGGAGCCCUGGAAAAGAUCCUGAAAAGAGAGUUUUUAUCAAAAAAGGGGAUUUGUUUCGUCUGAACUCAGAUGCUACAGUACACUCUAUAGUUAUACAGGAUGGAGGGUUACUUGUUUUUGGUGAUGAUAAAGAAGGUUCUAAAAAUAUUACCUUGAGAACUCGAUUUAUCCUGAUAAAGGAUGGUGGAAUGCUUCAUGUUGGAGCAGAGAAAUGCCGCUAUAAAUCCAAAGCAACUAUUAUUUUGUAUGGGAAGUCAAACGAAGGUGCUGAUGUGCCAGAAUUUGGCAAAAAAUUUAUUGGCGUGGGCCCUGAAGGAACGCUGGAGUUGCACGGGCACCAGAAGUUAUCAUGGACUCUUCUGUCAAAGACUAUGUAUUUCUCAGGGCUGGCCUAUGGUCAUUAUACAUUUAAAAAGAAUUUUUCCCGGGGACUAAAUGUGAGAGUGAUCGAUCAGGACACAGCAGAGAUUUUGGAAGUGCUGAAGUUUGAUACGCAUGAAUUUUCAGAGGAAAGCUUGAAGCUCCAGAACUUACUGAAAAAUGGAAGUCCUGGUCGCAUUGUUGCUAUUGCUGUAGGAGAUUCAGCUGCUAAAAAUCUACUGGAGGAAACCAGAGUGACUAUUCAAAAUCUUCUGGGAAGUAAAUUUGUCAGAGGAUUGAGUUACAGGCAAGCCUGGGCUUUCGUUGGUGUCAUAGGUGGUGGUAAUUCUUCUUGUAAUGAAUCAGUGAGAAACUAUGAAAAUCACAGCACUGGUGGGAAAGCUCUUGCUCAAAAAGAGUUUUUCACAGUAGAUGGUCAGAAGUUUGUUGUGAGAGCUUACAGCGAAUGGAAUGAUGAGAAUCCUCAGUUUCCUCACGUAGGAGAAGUUAUUGAUGGAGUGGACAUGAGGGCAGAAGUCGGAGUUCUUACAAGGAACAUCUUAAUCAAGGGGGAGACAGAAAAUACCUGCUAUCGUGAAAAGGAGUGUCAGUUCUUCAAUUACGAUACAUUUGGUGGACAUAUCAAGAUUUUGAAGAAUUUUACAUCUGUUCAUCUCUCCUAUGUGGAAUUGAAGCAAAUGGGCCAGCAGCAGAUUGGAAGUUACCCUGUUCACUUUCACCUUUGUGGGGAUGUGGAUGAAAAAGGAGGUUAUAGUUUUAAGACUUACCUGGAAGGUCUUUCCAUUCAUCACUGUUUUUCCAGAUGUGUGACUGUUCAUGCAACUAAUGGCUUGCUGAUAAAGGACACCAUUGGCUAUGACACACUAGGUCACUGUUUCUUCACAGAAGAUGGCAUUGAGCAGAGGAAUACUUUGUUCCACAACCUUGGGCUAGUCACGAAACCAGGCACUCUUCUUCCUACAGAUAGGAACAGCAGCAUGUGUAUUGGUAUUAGGGAUAAAGUGUAUGGAAGUUAUGUCCCAGUGCCAGCCACAGACUGCAUGGCAGUUUCGACAUUCUGGAUUGCUCAUCCCAACAAUCAUCUUAUAAAUAAUGCAGCAGCAGGUUCACAGGAUGCUGGAAUAUGGUAUUUAUUCCACAGGGUUGCUACAGGAGAUUCUCAUAGUUUAGCCAUUGAAACCAAGUCAGAGCUUACACCCCUAGGAAUCUUCUAUAACAACAGGGUUCAUUCUAAUUUUAAGGCUGGUUUGUUCAUUGAUAAGGGUGUUAAAACAACUAAUGCUAGCGUUGAUGAUCCCAGAGAAUAUCUUUGUUUGGACAACAAUGCAAGGUUUCGACCCCAUCAAGAUGCAGACCCUGAAAAGCCCCGAGUUGCUGCCCUGAUUGACAGAUUAAUCUCUUUCAAAAACAAUGAUCAUGGGGCCUGGGUCAGGGGAGGGGAUAUCCUCAUUCAAAACUCUGGGUUUGCAGACAAUGGAAUAGGUUUGACCUUUGCUAGUGAUGGGAGCUUCCCAAAUGAUGAAGGUGCCAGCCAGGAAGUAUCUGAGUCACUGUUCAUAGGUGAGAGCAAGAAUUAUGGGUUUCCAGGUGGCCAAAAUAAAUAUGCGGGAACUGGAGGAAUAGACAACAAGGCACGCACUCUGCCUAGAAAUCGGACAUUUCCAAUCAGAGGCUUUCAAAUUUAUGAUGGACCUAUUCACCUUACCAAGUGCACAUUCAAAAACUUUGUGCCAACUCCAGAUAGAUUUACCAGUGCAGUUGGAUUCUUGAUGAAAAAUCCAUGGCAGAUGACACCAAAAAACAACAUUUCUCUUGUGAAGUUUGGUCCGAAUGUUUCUUUGAAAGCCUUCUUUGGAAAACCUGGUCCCUGGUUUGAAGAUGGAGAUCUGGAUGGUGACAAGAACUCUAUAUUCCAUGAUCUAGAUGGUUCAGUGACUGACUACAAGGAUACCUAUGUGGGCAGAAUGGACAACUACUUGAUUCAACACCCCAAAUGCAUUAAUAUUACAGAAUGGAGUGGAGUGGUUUGCAGUGGGACCUAUGCAGACUAUGUUUAUGUCCAAACCUGGAAUGGACAGAAUCUUUCCAUGACUAUUGUACGAGAUGAGUACCCAGCCAACAUGGUUCUUCGAGGUAUUAAUCAGAGAGCUGUCUUUCAACAAUACCAGCCAGUAGUGAUGCUCCAAAAGGGCUACACAAUACAUUGGAAUGGAAAAGCUCCAAACGUCACCUAUCUUUAUUUGAUUAACUUCAACAAGAAUGACUGGAUUCGUGUCGGUCUUUGUUAUCAACCAAAUACAGAUUUUGUUAUAGUAUUGGAAACCUUUCAAAGGCGGUCAUCUGCUCUGUCAAGCAAGGUGGAGCGCUACAUGCCUGUGUCAUCAAUGAUGGAGCUCGAAAAGAAUCGAUCAGACAAGAAGUUUUACUUUGACAACAGUACUGGAUUACUGUUUUUAUUUCUUCAAGCCAAAUAUAAUAGGGAUGGUCACAGUUAUUGCUCAUCUCAGGGAUGUGAAAGGAUCAAGAUUGUGACCAAAGAUUCAGCAAAAGGGAUCAGUAACUGCAUGGCAAAAGCUUACCCAAAGUACUACCAAGGACCAACCGUCAUCAAGCGGAUGCCAGUCAAAACUACUGUACCAUGUACAAAAUGCGGCACAACUCAGAUCGUAUUCACCAGCGAUCCUCACAAAAACUACCUCCUUGUGCAGAUUAAUUCAUCUGGUAAAAAAGAGUUAAGCAGAGGUCAGCAAGCAUUUAUUUCUGUCAAUGGCACAAUGUUUUCCUACAAGGAUAAUGGUAUACUUAUUGUUGUAGUUGAUGCCUGCAUUGGCACAGUGUUGGGAAAAAAAUUAUUUUCUGGAGCAGACAUUAAGCAUGUAGAUGGAUAUUUAAAAUCUGGAAUUCCACAAAGGUCUAUCGUUCUACUGAGCACAAGAGGUGAUGUAGCAAUUCCCAAUAAUUUAUCAGAAGCCUUAAUGUCCUUGGGGACAGCCAAACCGCCUUAUCUUCAGAGCAACGGAAGCCUGGCCUUUCUGGGCUUCAGAGGAGACUUUAAGCCAUCCUGGAUUAAGCUUUUUACCGGUCCUGCUGAGCAUGGGCUCGUUCAGAUAGAGAAGUAUAUCCCUUUACAACUGGAAGAGUAUGGCUGUGCCAGAGCAAUCAAAAGCCGACGGAAAGACCUCGAGCUUCUGAAGAAGGCUACACGAUCUUAUUAA